AGAGCAAACCAGCCAGAGGAAGAAACAAUCAAACACGAGUGUGUGAAAGAAGGAGAUCGGGAUAGUUAGCCAAGCUUAGCAGGAGCAGGAGAUCGAGCUAGAGGCAAGAAACAAAGAAGGAUGGCGCAGCAGGCGAAGAAGGCCCCGGAGCUGCAGGACCCGGAGGUGCGGUCGGAGCUGGACCGGCGCGUCCGGGAGGACGGCGAGACCGUCGUCAAGGGCGGCACCGGCGGCAAGAGCCUCGACGCCCAGGAGCGCCUCGCGGAAGGGCGUAAGAAGGGAGGGCUGAGCCGUGGGACGGAGUCCGGCAUCGAGCGCGCCGACAAGGAGGAGGGCAGCGUGGUCAUCGAGCCCGACGAGAAGCUGCUCGAGGAGGUCAAGAAGGACCUCGGCCGCAAGGACUGAGAUCGAUGCUGCGAUCGAAUCGACGGCGGACGGCCACGCUAUAUACCACUAGCAUAUAUAUAUGUAUGUGUGUGUGUGUGUGAUCUGGCUAGCUAGCCUUAGCUAGCUGGGAGUGUCUAGCUAUCUAGACACGUACGAUGUGUGCGUGGCGUGUACGUACGGCCGCACGCACGCAUUGGCUACAAAAUUUUGGUCGCCGCAUUGUAGCCGUAGCUUACCCGUACGUACGUGAAUCCCCCUUCUGUAUGUGCUACUGUGUGUGUCAUGUAGUGUACGUAUCCGCCUUGUGAGCGCCCAUAUAUAUAUAUGUCAACUACUGUGCGUACACCCAAA